AUGAGAUUGUCACUCCGUGUCGGUGCUGCUGCGGCACUCAUCAUCCUGACUCUCGUCCUGGUCACUCGCAGUAUUAAGACCAAGGGUGAAUCAAUCCAGGAUAUAUGGCAUUUCGAUACAGGCUCCUUCCGCACAUCCUUUAGACCAAAGCCGAAACAAGAUGGAUCUCAACGGAAAUGGCGAAUUGCAUCGGACAAUAAACCCGCUCUGCUUUACCAGACCACCGAUAUCACGGUCCCUAACCAGGGUGCCAUUGUGAUGGGCAAGCGCAAGGAGGAAGAUACCGCCUGGGUUGCGGCAGAGCUAGCAGAAUGGCGCAGCGUUAUUUACACCGUCGACGAUGUCAAUGUCCCCACGCACACCCCGAAGAACAAGGGUCGCGAGGCUCUCCCCUACCUCCAAUACCUGAUCGACCACUACGAUGACCUUCCGGAGGUGGUGGUCUUCCUCCACAGUCACCGCGACGGCAUAAUCGCCGGCUGGCACAUCGACACCAUGGAUUACAGCAAUGUGGACUCGGUGCGCGCGUUACAGAGAGAGUUCGUGCAACAGUCAGGCUUUGUCAACUUGCGUUGCCAAUUGAGCCCAGGAUGCCCCUCCGCCAUCCAACCAUUCCGCCAACCCGCCAAUCUCGAAAGCCCAGGCGAGGCACAUUACGCGGCUGCAUGGAAAGAACUAUUCCCCAAUACGCCCGUUCCCCGCGAAAUCGCCGCCCCGUGUUGCUCCCAGUUUGCCGUUUCCCGAGACCAGAUUCUCCAGCGCCCCCAUAGCGAUUACCAGCGCAUGUACGACUGGGUGAUGAACAACGACCUGUCGGACGAGGCUACCGCAAACAUUAUGGAGUACUCAUGGCAUAUCAUCUUCGGCAAGGAGCCCGUCUUCUGCCCUGAUUUGUUCCAAUGCUAUGGAGACGUCUACGGCGAAGAAGUCAUUUUCACCUACUGA